GGAGGAGGGAAGGAGGGAGGGAGGCUGUUCCGCUUGGAUGGCCGGAGCAGUCAGGAGGCUGCACGGAAGGAGAGACGGACAAGACAUCGCUCUCGCUUUUUGCGCUUCCCUUCUUUGGCUUUUUUUUUUCUCUCUCUCUUGCGUGCGUCCCGCUCCGCGCUCAGCGAGGAACGGAGCAAAAGAGGGGAGGGAGGCACGGAGACCAGGAGGGAGAGUUGACGCAUGCGAGUGAGUGGGCACACCGAGUCUUCACUUCUCCCCGAUAUGCGACCUGCGAGACGGCGCGCCGCCCGCGACCUGCGCUACUGACACCGAGCAGGAGAGACCCAGAGCAAGGAGGCAGGGAGAGCUGGGGAUGGAGCCACAGUAGCGGCUCGGGAGGGGACUACGCUAAGGGAAACGGAGCGGAAGCGUGUUUUUUGCGCACAAGUCCGAGAAAGACGGCGUUUUUAUUUCUGUCUCUCUCCAUCUCUCUCUUUCUUUCUUUUUGUGACCCGGACCGUCACUCCUGAUGUGUGCAGUUUUGUUUGGUGACAAAAUACGGAUUAAUCUGUGACUGAUUUCCUGAAAGAACAGCCGCACACAACAGAUUGGCAAAGGAGAGAAGUGCAAAUCGGAUUCCAUACAUUUGUGAUUGGAUGUGAAAACACUUUGACCCUUCAAAAUUGAAGAUGAUGUUGCUAUGGAAACUGCUGCUGCUGCAGUCACUUAUGGGGUGCCUGGCAGAGAGCAGUGUCCUGCAGAGCCCCGCUUUCACCAAGCAGCCAGGCACCAUCGUGUAUCCUGUGGAGACGGUGGGGAACAACAGGGAGGUGGUGUUCAGCUGCGAGGCCCAGGGAAGCCCACCGCCCAUGUACCGGUGGAAAUUGAAUGGUACAGAAGUCAUUCCCAAAGCUGGAUCUCACUACAGCCUUUCUGGAGGCAACCUCAGAAUCAGCCGUCUGAACAAAGACCAAGACGCCGGAACCUAUCAGUGCCUAGCCUCCAACUCCUUCGGGACCAUCGUCAGCCGAGAGGCCAGUCUAACCUUUGCAUACUUGGAGAACUUCAAGACUCAAAGGAGAAGUUCUGUGUCAGUACGUGAAGGUCAAGGAGUGGUUCUGCUGUGUGGCCCUCCUCCACAUUCUGGAGAUCUGAUCUUUUCUUGGAUCUUCAAUGAGUACCCAACGUUUGUGAAGCAGGACACUCGCCGCUUCAUCUCGCAGGAGACGGGGAAUCUGUACAUUGCCAAAGUGGAGCCUUCAGAUGUCGGGAAUUACACCUGCGUGGUGACCAACACGGUCACGAAGACCCGAGUCCAGGGCCCGCCCACUCCGCUGGUGCUGCGCAGUGACGGUGUUAUGGGUGAAUAUGAGCCAAAGAUUGAAGUUCAGUUUCCAGAAGUUGUCCAUGUUGCCAAAGGAUCCACUGUAAAGCUGGAAUGCUUCGCUCUCGGAAACCCCGCGCCCUCCAUCAGCUGGAGGAGAGUGGACGGUGUACCUUUCCCCAGGAAAGUGGACAUGAGGAAGGCCAGCGGUGUCCUGGAAAUUCCAUAUUUCCAACAAGAGGAUGCCGGCACAUAUGAGUGCGUGGCCGAAAACUCCAGGGGGAUGAACACGGUGAAAGGGAAGCUCUCUUUCUACGCUCCACCUCAUCUCAUUGAGAAGCCUCAAGAUGUCCAAAAGCUCAUCGAUGACUCACUGGUGUGGGAGUGCAAAGCCACAGGGAAACCUAAACCCUCAUACAGAUGGAUGAAGAAUGGAGAAAACCUGGAGUCUGCAGAGGAGCGCAUACAGGUUGCCAAUGGGAUUCUGUCAAUCAGUCGGCUAACCCUGUCCGACACCGGAAUGUACCAGUGUGUGGCGGGGAAUAAGCACGGCGAGGUCUACUCCAAUGCAGAGCUCCGAGUCAUAGCCGUUGCCCCGGAUUUUUCUCACAAUCAACUGAAGAGUCAGACGCUGGUGAAAGUAGGAGGAGACAUCCUCAUCGAGUGCAAGCCCAAGAUGUCUCCAUGGGGUAUGAUCUCGUGGCAGAAGGGCAGCGAACCGCUCCAGGGGAGCAGCAGGGUCUCCAUCCUGGACAAUGGCAGCCUUCGGAUAUGGAACGUAACCAAAUUGGACGCUGGUCUCUACACCUGUAUUGCAAGAAACCAGUUUGGAGUAGCAAGCAGCACAGGAACUGUUACAGUUAAAGAGCCGACCAUCAUCACUACAAAGCCCACAACGCUGGACAUCACUGUUGGGGAGAGUGUAGUUCUGCCAUGUCAAGUGAGCCAUGACCCAUCUCUGGAGCUGAAGUUCACCUGGUUCUUCAACGAGCAGCUCAUCCACUUUGGAAACAAUGGGGGAUUCUUUGAAAAAGUCGGAGGCCAGCACUCGGCGGGAGACAUCAUGAUUCGGAACAUCCAGCUGGGGCAUGCGGGGAAAUACACGUGUGCUGUGCAGACCAAGGUGGACAGCAUCUCCAUAGCAGUGGACCUCGUUGUCCGAGGUCCCCCGGGGCCCCCCACCAGCAUCCAAGUAGAAGAAAUCACUGAUACCACCGCCUCUCUGUCCUGGAGGCCUGGUCCCGAUAAUCACAGUCCAAUUACGGCAUACACCAUCCAGGCCAGGACACCAUUUUCCCUGGGGUGGCAGGCUGUCACCACAGUUCCUGAGGUGGUUGGGGGCCACCAGCUGACAGCUGCAGUAAUAGACCUGAGCCCUUGGGUGGAGUACGAGUUCCGAGUCCUGGCAAGCAACAGAGUCGGGACAGGCGAGCCCAGCAAGCCGUCCAAACAAGCAAGGACAAAGAGCACCACUCCGAAGGUCACACCGGCUAAUGUGAGCGGAGGAGGAGGCAGUCGCUCCGAAUUAGUCAUCACAUGGGAGCCUGUUCCAGAGGAGCUGCAGAACGGACCAGGGUUCGGCUACGUGGUGGCUUUCCGACCUCAUGGUGCCACGGGCUGGAUGCAGGCAGCUGUGCCAUCCCCAGAGGCGUCCCGAUAUGUUUUUAAAAAUGAGAGCAUCCAGCCUUUCUCGCCUUUCCAUGUGAAGGUCGGCGUUUACAACAACGAGGGGGAGGGGCCGUUUGGACCGGUUACCACCAUCUACUCUGCUGAGGAAGAGCCGGGCCGAGCUCCCACCAGGAUCCGCGCCAAGAGCGUUUCUGCGUCGGAGAUCGAGGUGUCGUGGAAAGCUCUGCCCUGGAACGCCAGCAAGCGCAGGGUGCUGGGCUACGAGCUGAGGUACUGGAGUAGAAGGGAAAGGGAGGAGACGGCCAACGUGCAGAGGACCGCAGGGAAUCAGACAUCCACCAUCAUCAGCGGGUUGAGAGGCAGCACAGCAUAUUACGUCUCUGUGAGGGCCUACAACACGGCUGGAACGGGGCCUCCCAGCACCACGGCCAACGUGACCACCAAGAAACCACCUCCCAGCCAGCCUCCGGUUAAAGUCAUGUGGAACACAUCGAACUCCAAGAUUAUCCUGAACUGGGAGCACGUCAAAGCCCUGGAGAACGAGUCAGAAGUGACCGGUUACAAAGUGCUCUACAAGAAGAACCGACACAGCCGGCCCAGCGUGAUGGAAACCAACACCACCUCGGUGGAGCUCGCUCUUCCCACUGACGAGGAUUAUAUCAUCCAGAUAAAGCCAUUUGGAGAGGGAGGGGAUGGAAGCAGCAGCAAACAGAUCACCAUCCCGAGGAUAACAGGCCCCAACGCGGUAGGCUCAGCCUCCAAGGUCUCCACGCUGUCGGCCCUCAGCACAAUAGCUCUGUCUUUCACAGCACGGACAUCUUUAUGACAAACGGCUCCCAGCAGACGUUGCAUCUGACGUGGAGACGGCUCUCGGCCUGGAACGCGAACGCAGUCCACUCCGGUGUAACUAGAUCCAUUCAUUUAGAUUUUAGCGGCAGAGGGAGGACACCGAGGGUAGAAAUUUAAGAACAUGCCAUGGAGAGGACAGAUAAGGAGCCCCUGUCGGCAACGCAGGCCAGGUGAAGGAGAUUGACCGAUGUCGUGACUAUGUUGUUACCAAAGCAGCUUUCAUAAAAGAAACAUAAAGAAAAAAAAGUCUUAUAUGCAUCUUUUUGUAUAACAUGUUCAGCUUUUAUAGAUUUUGGUUUCUUAAUCGGUUUUAAGAUGGCCUUGGCUUCAGGGGUGAGAACAGUUGAAUGCAUGGGAAAUGGCAUUGUCCAGUUUCACAGUUUGAAGGUGAAGAAUAUGAUUUGACAGCUCACAGUCUGUCUUUUAACAUAAAAUACAACUUUU